AUGCUGUCUGAGGAAGAAGUUCACUCAAAUUCAUACGCGGAGCGGAUUGGAGGUGUCCUGGAUCACCCAAACUUGUUCGGAGAUGAUUGUGAUGAAAUCAAUCUUGCCAACGAAGACACUCCGCCAUCCAGGCUUCGACUUCAUUCCAAUAAUUUGAAUGACUCAGGACAACCUGCUGUGAUCAAUAGCAUUGAUGAUCAUAACCAGUAAUUGUUUAAGAAACCAUUCCGUCAUAAUUCAACCUAUUCAGAUUCGUGGACAGUCAAAAUGACACACCUUAUGCGCAAAUAUCCCCCGAACCGGUGUCAUCCAACUUCACUGUAUUUGUUCGUGAAUUUGAAAAGCGUGGAGACGGAAUAAACGCGUAUAUUGUUUACAAGGUGGAAACUGAGGUAAUUCCAAUUCUAAAGAAAAUACUAUAUAUUGAAACAAUGCUUACAUUUCAGGUGAACGGUGUUAUUGGAUAUGUAAAGAAAAACUAUGAAGUUUGGCGUCGCUUUUCCGACUUUCUUGGACUCCACGGAAAAAUUGUAGAGAAGUAUCUCGAAAAAGGAGUUGUUAUUGCGAUUCCACCCGAGAAAAGCAUAUCGGCGUUGACAAAGACAAAGGUGUGGUAAUUUGACAUGUUUUUUUUUCAAUGAUAUUUUGAUAGACCAACUCGGAUCCUGCUAUGAGUCGUGAUGUUGGCAUCCAUCGUGCUCGUCAACUGGAGCGUUAUCUUCGCCGACUUAUUCAGCACCCUCGUAUUCGGAACGAUUGUGAUGUUCGCGACUUUUUGACAAUUGAGUCGGAUUUGCCGAAAGCCGUUCAAACAACCGCACUCUCUACUUUUGGAGUCAAAAAAAUUUUCAAGAAUUUCCAAGUUGUAUUCUCUAAAAUGGCUUUUCACAUGGAAGAAGGCGAUCGCUGGUUCGAGCAAGUACAGUCUCAGAUUGAUGAGUUGGAUGAAGCACUUCGCAAGCUUUAUGUCGUAACCGAAAGCUUGGUUUCCUCUCGUCGCGAUAUGGCUAUCAGCGGUGAACAACUUGGAAAAGUAUAGCAACAAAUCUAGUCAAUUUUUUAUAUUCUGUUGUGUUCUUCAGGCUCUGUCAAUGUUGGCGGCUUGCGAAGAAUCCACUACUUUGUCUAAAGCUCUUUCCGGACUAACGGAUAUCACUGAAAGUGUUUCUAUGGUUUGGGGAAAACAGGCCGAUGCUGAUAAUUCGAAGUUAGCAAAACGUUUCACAACAAAACAUUAAUUUUUUUUUCAGAUUUUCUGAGUCUAUCUAUGAGUACAUUACGCUAAUUUCCGCUUUGAAAGAAGUGUUCUCUGAGCGAGUUCGUGCAUGGCAAAUGUGGCAAGACGCGCAGCAGACGCUGGCAAGAAAGAGGGACCAAAAAACCAAGAUUGAUUUGUCUUCGGGCGGCAGAAACGAACGUUCGGAUCAGCUCAAAACGGAAAUUGAAGAAACUGUGCAGAAAAUGGACCUUCUCGAGCAACAUUUCGGCGAACUCAGCAAGGCGAUCCGAGAGGAAGUGGCGCGUUUUGAAUCGGAUCGAAAAAAGGAUAUGAAAAAAAUUCUGAUCGAGUACAUGGAGAGCAUGAUUGAGACACACACUGAAGUAUUUUGUAUGUUAGCUUCAACGAGUUCAUAGAAAUAUUUCAGCUCUUGCAACUAUGGGAGAAAUUUGAACCGCAAGCUCGAAACAUCCAAUUGUGA